UUCAGUCCUCAGGAAGUGGGGGCUGUGUUAGUCCAUGGCCGGAAGUGCUGUUUCUGUGAUUGUGGUUGUGUUUAUUCAACUUUUCCGCCGCGUGAUGGUGGCAAGUAUGUACCAGGGCUUUUAAGGACACUUGGGAAAGAGGUGGUGGGGGUCAUUAGGGGCGGUAGGUGGAGACAGACUGUCAGCUCAGGCGUCUGAAGGGCCCUUGCGCCUACAUCCCGCUGCUCUCUGAAAUGUCUGCUGAGGCUCCCAGUGUGUAGCUGCACCUUUGCUUUAAAUUCAGCCAUUCACUUAGCUGUAAAAAUACAUGAAUCAGAACUGCAUCUUUGUGAAAAGUAGAGACCAGUAUGCUUCACUUCAUCCAGAAAUUUUCUGGAGCAUCUUCAAAGGUGCUGAAGUACCCUUUUACAGUGAGACUCAAAGCCAGCAGAAUAGAUACUCUUUCUCCCAAGACAUCUCUUCAGCAGAACCUUUUUCCUUUGUCUCCGAGGACUUGGCUUUCCACAUCAUUUCAAGUGUGUAUGAAGAAGAUACAAUGCUAUCAUGUAUCACCAUGCAACUUUAAAAAGCAGAAGGAGGCAGUCCUUCCCGCCAGGAAACCAAGCACCAUCACUUACCUACCUGAUAGCCCGAAGCCAGCCUUAUAUCUAACUCUGGGAGGGUUAAUCCCCUUUAUUGCUCCACCACUCGUCAUGGUAAUAACCAAGUCUUAUAUCCCCAUACUAGCUUUUACUCAGAUGGUGUAUGGAGCUAGUUUCCUAGCUUUCUUAGGAGGGGUCAGAUGGGGCUUUGCUCUGCCAGAAAGUAGUCCAGCCAAACCAGACUACAUUAAUUUAGCUAGUAGUAUGGGUCCUGUUCUGUUUUCAUGGAUAGCCAUCCUAUUUUCUGAGAGACUCAGUGAAGCCAUAGUCACAGUAACAAUAGGUUUAGGGAUAGCAUUACACAAUGAACUUUUCCUCUUGCCACAUUAUCCUAACUGGUUCAAAGCCUUAAGGAUCAUAAGUACUUUAGUGGCUUUUAUCUCAUUUGUAGUCACUUUAAUACUUAAAAAUAUUUAUCCAGAAAAGGGGCCCAAGAGAUUUGGUGAAAUAGAAAUAUAAAACUACUUUCUUGAUAUUAUUUACAUGUUAGCUGUAAAUCUUAUAAACCUGCAUGUUUUAACGAUAAAAUUUUUUUGUUGUUAUGUUUUGGGGAAUAUGUUCAGAGAGUACAGUGUGGAGGCCAGGAGAGGGUGUGGGAUCCCCAGGAGCUAGAGUUGCAGGCAGUUCUGAGCUGGGAACUAAACAUGGGUAUGUAUGGCAAUAUAUGGUCUUGACCACUGAGCCCUCUAUCUCUAGCCUGUGAAGUUGCAUUUUAGCAUAUACUUUUGUUCCCCUUGUUUGGCUUUUUUUUUUUCCUCCCGCUAGUAGGACUUUAUUCCUCGUUUUUUUUUUUUUUUUUUUUCAUUUCUAAAACUUAAUUUUUAGCCAGAUGGUGGAGGUAUAUUCUUUUAUCCCAACACUUAAGAGGCAAAAGCAGGUGGAUCUCAGAGUUUGAAGCCAGCCUGGUCUACAAAUAGAGCUCUAGAACAGCCAAGGCUUCACACAGAAAUCCCAUCUUGGGGAAAAAAAAGUUACAGAGAUCUGCCUGCCUCUGGCUACAGAGUGCUGGGAUUAUAAAAAUUAUUUCUAAGUAAUUCAUCUUGAAAAAUCUCCUAAUUCCUUAUUGUGACAUAUGCGGUUAGCUUAAAUCACCUUUUUGUGAACUGUAUAAUCAUCUACUUAAACAUUAGUAUUUUGAUUAUUUUGAGAACAGUAAAAGACAAGAUGAAAAAUCCUCUAAUAUUAGAGUCUAGCAAUCAUGAAGUAAUAAUGAAAAGAACCCUACUUCACUAUGAAGUCCACAAAACCUUGAAAAUAAAGGUAUUUCUGUCAAGUUUCAUAGCACUGGAAAUUGCAGGUCUAAGCCUUUUUUUUUUUUUUUUUUUUUUUUAAAGAUAGGUCUCACUGUGUAGCUCUAGCUGUCCUGGAAAUCACUUUGUGGGCCACUCUAGCCUGGAACACAUAGAAAUCUGCUUGUCUUUGCCUCCCAAGUGUAGGAAUUAAAGGUUUGUGCCACUAUACCUGUCUUGUCAAAGCUUAUUUUACUUGACAUAACUGAAAUGAUCUGUGGCUUGAAAGGUGGUGGGCAACAGUGUCGUGGGGAAAGCCACUCCCAGAAAAGCUGGUCAUCUGUCUUAGCUUUUGUUUGGUGUUUUCUGACCACACUUAGCUUACAGAGGCUUUUAAAAGAAUAGCUAUAGGGCUAGAGACAUGGCUUAGUGUCCCUUCCCUGAGAGAGAACCCAUGUUCAAUUGCCAGCACUCACAUUGCGCUAACAAGUAUAAGUAGAGUUCCAAGGGUUUGGAUGUGGCCUCCUUAGGCACAAGGCACAUAUGUGGUACACAGACAUACAUGAAGGCAGAAUACCCAUACACAUAAAAAAUAAAAUAUCAAAAUGUGACCAGGCCUGGUGGACGCUAUGGAUCCACCUGAUCUACUUAGCAAGUUUCAGAAAAGCCAGUAUUAUAUAGAGAGGACCUGUCUCAAAUAAAUAAAAAUGGCAAAAACAUUGCUUUGAUUUCUGUUUCUUCCUCCCACUGCACUAAGGAUUGAACGUAGCACCUCAUACAUUCUAUACAAGAACUGCUACUGAGCAAUACAUCCCCAGCCUAACACUUUGAAUUUUAACUUGAAAACCUAGUUUGGAAUCUGGGAAUGUAGGUUGGUGGAUAGAAUACUUGCUUAUCAUGCACAGAGCCCUCAGUUUGGUUCCCAGUACCCUAAAGACUGGGAAUGGUAACACUAGUGUUCAAUCCUAGCACUUGGGAGGUCAAGGCAGGAGGAUCAAAGAUAAUUAAGUUAUAUCAGAAGAAAUUACGUCACUUUGAAUGUUUUAUCUUUGAUGAUACAAGUAGUCAAAUACCAGUUUACAACUGUUAUGUAAUAUAUUACAACACACAUGUAUAUAUGCAUACAUUAAUAUGUUUCUAAUAAUUCCUACUAUCAGCAUAGUGACUGCUUUUCAGAGCUAGUUUUAAUAUUACCCAUUAAAAGAAUCUUUUCUUUCCAGAUGUUGAUUUAAAAGCUAAUAAAAAAUGUAAGUAUCACAACAGUAACAGAUGGGAUUUUUAAUGGAACAUAUCUAUUCAGAUGACUGUAGAACCAAGAAAAGCCAUUGUUGCUACUGAUGCUAUUAUUGGUCAGAUAUAGUUAUAUACAUACAUACAUACACAUUUGAUUUUUUUUUUUCAAGGCAGGGUUUUCUCUAUAUAGCCUUGUAGACAAAGCUGGCCUUCAAAUAACAGAGAUCCACCUGCUUCUGCCUCCGAGCGCUGGGAUUAUAGCAUUUGCCACCACACCCGGCUCUCACUUUGAAUUUUUGAAGACUCAAGUUCUGCAUCAACUUUGGGAAAGCGUAUUUACAUAAUACUCUUGGCAUAGUACAUAAAAAAAAAAAAAACCUUACUGGUGUACACAUCUUAACCCCCACACACAACUGGUUCAAGGUUAACACAGUAUUCAGGUCUAUUCUAUGUGGGUCUGUUGGGAAACCCUGCUGCUAAGGGCACAGUCUGCCAUUACCAGAGAGCCCUAAGCUUGGUGCCAAAUGGAGGACUCCCUUUCUCAAAGAGGCUUCCUCCUCUCUGCCUGGGGAGUCUGAACCCCCAUGCCUCUACCCAAAGAAUAUCAUGUAGAACUUUGGAAAAUUACAGGUCCAACUUCCUUUCUCCUGAUAAGAACUUACCCAGCAAACAUCUGGGAUUCCUAGAAUUCCUCUCCAUGUAAAUAAGGCAUCUCAUUUGCACUUCAGCCAAUAACAUUUGCCCACCUUGGACAUGCCCACCCCUUCCCCAAAGUUCUAGACAACCCUCAUUCACCCUGAAUAAAUCGAGCUGUCUCCCUGAAGUUGAACCUGGAAGCUCAUUUCUGUUUGUGUUGAUGGCCACCACAUCCCAAAUUCGAUGCUUCUGCUCCCUUCUUUGGAAGGACCCCAGUGGCCAAUGACUCCACUGGGAGCUGACAGUACAAUGAAGGUCUUGUUAUAACACACAUUUAACACCACACAUAAAACGGACAGAAUAUUUAAAAGCAUACAGAAACCCAAAGAUUUUGGAGAAACUGCUUUAAUUAAGUUCUGAUUAUAUAACUAAAUGUGUACAUUACAAAAAUUAAAAACAAAAGAUUAUUCCCAUUAUGGUUUGGUAAUCCAAUUACACUGAUGAACUACAUUAAUUCAAAGAAAAGAAAAUAGGACUUUAUUAGUACAUUCUUGGAAAAACAAUGUUUAUCACCUGAGAAGUAAUAUGCAUUUAGUUAACUUUUAAGGGAACUUCUGUUUUUUUUUAAAGAUUUAUUUAUUUAUUAUUUAUGUAUUAUAUAUAGCAUUCUGCCCGCAUGUGUACCUGCACACCAGAUCUCACUACAGAUGGCUGUAUGACUAAUGUUUAAUGCUGAUCAAAGAUUUUAUACAAUUAAAGUGUUGAUGUUUCUAACAAUCCACUGAAAGACCUUAGUUUACACAAAAGAGAGAAAUCAUAACCUUGAGGCAGCCAGUUAAACCUAAAGUAUGCAAACCUCAAUAGUGUGGUUCUAACUGGCUAGCAGAUAUAAAAGCAGUGAUCAGACUUAAGAGCUCCGCAUAAAACAACUUUUAAGAAUGAUUAUCAGGGAAAGCAAGUUUUUAGAAGCAGUUUUAGAUCCAAGAUAGUUAUAACUUACACAAUUUUCACGUAUAAAAAUAAUUCCAUGGGCUGGAGAGAUGGCUCAGAGGUUAAGAGCACUGGCUGCUCUUCCAGAUAGCUUCUGAGUUCAAUUCCCAGCAACUACAUGGUGGGUCACAACCACCUAGAAUGAGAUCUAGUGCCCUCUUCUGUCAUGCAGGUGUACAUGCAGACAGAACACUGUAUACAUAAUAAAUCUUUAAAAAGAAAAAUUCCACAUGUAUAGGCGAAAUCCCUGAUAAAGAUAUGAAAUGCUUGGGACUAGAAGCGUUUUGGACUUCAGAAUCACCAGAUUUUAAAAUAUGUAUGUAGCAUUUAUCAGCUGAGCAUCCCCAGUCUGAAAAUCGGAGAUCUAAAAUGAUCCAAAAUCUCAAACUUUUUUUUUUUUUAAUUGGAUGUCAGCAUUCAAAAACUUCAGAUUUCAGAUUAAGGAUGCUCAAAACUAUACCUACAGGGCCAAAUAUGGUGGCUCAUGCCUGUUAUCCCAGCACUUGGAAGGCUGAAGUGGGAAGAUUGUUGAGAGUUCAAUGAUAACCUGGGCAACAUAUUUAGACUGUCUCAAAAAAAAAAAAAAAAAAAAAAAAAAAAAAGACAA